ACCAGCUCUCGUAACACGUGACACUCGUCUUCCACCACGUCCCACUUCACUGCCACCUCAGCCUCACUCUACAAAACCACCACACCGCCCCCACUUUCCAUCACCAUCAAUAUCCAUUUCCACCACCGCAAAAUGACAGAUAUCCACCAAACCUACAACCCACAACACCACUCAUUGGGUGGAGCAACCCACCAGCAACACGUUUCGCCAAGAGUCCACCAAGCGGUUAAGGCCGCCACUGCGGCUACGGCGGGCGGCUCGCUUCUCGUACUCUCGGGUCUCAUCUUAGCCGGGACAGUAAUCGCACUAACGAUUGCUACUCCACUGCUGGUGAUCUUUAGCCCGGUCCUCGUGCCGGCUGUGAUCACCGUGUUUCUUAUUGUGACCGGGUUCUUGACAUCAGGCGGGUUCGGAGUGGCCGCGGUGACGGUAUUAUCAUGGAUUUACAGGUAUGCGACGGGCGGACACCCUCCUGGUGCGGAUUCGUUGGACCAGGCUAGAGAUAAGUUGGGUUAUAAGGCCAGGGAGAUGAAGGGAAGGGCGGAGCAUGCGACUGGAAUGGGGCAGCACCACAUCACCGGAGGUGGACUGCGUGCUGAUAUGUAACUCUGUGAAGGAGUUGGUGGUGCCCAUUUUUACUUGGUUUCUUAAUGAUUUUGAUUGUGUUUGUUUGUACCUUCAGUUUGUGUGAAUUAUGUUUGAUGUGAUAAAAUAAAUAUAAGCAAAAGUUUAGU